AGGGGUCAGGCUCGGCUGGCUUUUAACAUGUUGUCUAGAAUAAUGCCUUUUCCUCUCCCUCGGACUUUGAUAGCAUCUGUCCGAAUACUUUUGGUUUAGCUCUUCUCCGAAUGGAAAUCAAAUGACGCAUACCCCCGGCUGAUAUGGAUCCUCGGAAUGCACACGUCGGAUGCCAAGGGGUUAACCAAACGUACUGUACUGUACAUGGAGUGCUCUUUUGGCCCUGACCCCAAAUCUUGAACGGCCUCUUUCCGACUGGGCACGAGAAUUUCUAGAUCAAGAUUGGCCAGAGCCAUGUGAAAUGUUGAGGGUGGCGGACCGUGUGCAUGUCCGACUGUCUCGGAGCCAGGGGCCUUCUUGGCAUUGGCUACAUCAACGUCUUAUGUACCUACAUACACUUAUUUACAUACUCCGUACAUGGUUCCCUGAAUGCACAAGACAGCCAAAAGGAAACGAGGGCAAACUUCUCAUCUGCGCCAAAGAAACGGUUUUCCUUAAAGCGAAGGCUGGGCGGGAAGCGAGAUGUCAUACUCCGUACCCUGAAUGUCAUCACCAACCGCAAUCUCUCCCGGCAGCGGCCUUUGGCAAUGCUGUGGGAACCCAACCGUGCAGAACUAUACACAGUAACAAGUGGUUGGGGGAAAAAUCGUUAAGGGCAGCACACCACCGGCGAGUCCCUUCGUCCCGAUUCCCUGGUCUCUGGGUAUCCGAGACAACCUCCCUGCUUGACUGGCCAAUGGCCAUGGGAUGCUCUCAAGCCACGGUGCCACAGGGCAAGCUAUGGUUGAUCCCGUUACCCAUCUUUGAUCAAGCCAUGUGCUCCCCAACCUUACCCUUUCCCUUCCCACCGUUGGCCUGGGUAGCCAUCGGCUCGGAAGCUCUCGCUCUCCAAGUAAGCUAUGGCAUUGCUCGUGACAAAGCACCUGCUUGCAUAAACUGUCUCCCGGUGCACAUUCUGGGGUGUGGCGCAACCUCUUUGCUUGCCGUAUAUGUGUAUGGUAUCGACUUAGUACUGUAGCUUUAUCUCGCUUUGUUCUAGACGUGCGGCAAGUCAACUUGCUCGGGGGUGAUGUUUCAUGCCCAAGUUGCGCGCUUGUAUCUGUUAGACACUCCUAAGGUGUGCCAUUGGGCGAGACCGAGCGGAAAGGAGAGCACUGCAUUGCCAGAAUAUAUUUACUUGUCCCCGAGC